AUGCUAAUCCCUUGGUUAUGUAAUCGUUUAAAGGAAGCUGAUCCACAAACAGUGCCCAAGUGGACCUCAUCUGUCAACAACCAUUUUGAAAGGCUCUUCAUAGCAUAUGGAUGCUACAUAACUGGGUUUUUGCAAGGCUGUAGACCAAUUUUAUAUAUUGAUGGUUGUCACCUAAGUGGUCCAUAUUUAGGGACACUAUUGGCUGCAUCUACAUAUGAUGCAAAUAAUGACAUGUACCCUCUUGCUUAUGCAAUUGUAAAUGGAGAGACCUAUGCAGAUUGGUUUUGGUUCUUAACGAAUGUGAAAGAAUUGAUUGCAUCUAUUGAAAUAACUAUUGUUUCUGAUCGUCACAAUGCGAUUAUUGGUGCAAUUAGAGAAGUAUUUGGUGGGUCUCGUCAUGCUUUUUGUUAUAGGCAUAUAAAAGAAAACUAUAGUGCUGAGUUCUCAAAAGUUUGUCAUGGACAACACAGAAGAUGUAAGAAGGAAGCAUUAAAAUUUCUUGAUGCUAUUGCAUAUUCACGAUUGGAUGUGGAUUUUGUCAAGGCAAUGGGAAGUCUUAGGUCCUUUUCUCCUGAAUUAGCAAUAUGGGUUGAGACCCAAAGUGAUGUUGACAAGUGGGCCAUGUCGCUCUUUCUAUUUAAACGUUGGGACAAUAUCACUACUAACCUUGCAAAAUCUUUUAAUGCAUGGUUAGUUAAAGAAAGGAGGGAUAACAUAUGUGUGCUAAUAAAUGAGCAUCGACAGAAGCUAGCUAAAAAGCUUUAUGCUGCAAAAGAAGCUACGGGAAAGUGGAAAAAUGGGAUUGGACCUAAGAUCGAAGCUAAACUUAUAGAGCAUGUUGCUUUGGCUGAAAACGUGAUGGUAGAAAACUAUGGCCCACCUCGAAUGCUCGUUCAUGUUCAAAUUGAGUUUCAUGGUGAUGGAGACAAUGUGGAAGACAAAGUCCUGGGUAGCUUCAAUGGUUGGCAUCCCUCAUAG